AUGGCAGCAGAGGUGGCGAUGAACGACGAGGACGAGCAGCAGGGAUACACCUGGGAAGUGGACUAUGCUGAAGGUUCGAGACGCUUCUUAUCCGUUCUUAAUAACAAACAUAAGUACAGCGCUUUUGUACGUCUCCUGUUAGUCAUCUCUGUGGCCUACGUGAGACCGUCAUACUAA